GGAAGAGGCAUCUUCGGUAGAGGAUCUUGGCUCUACCUCUACUGGGCUGUGGACCUUGGAACUGGCCUUGGAAAUCGGGCUCCAGGUCUUGGACCCUGAUCUACACCUCUGUUGAGAUUCUGCAUCUCUCUAGAUAGGAACCCAGAAGAGGACUGAAUUAUUUCUUGCAGUUCUAAAAAUCAUGGCUCAGAGAUCAGUGAUGUUCAAGGAUGUUGCCAUUGACUUCUCUCAGGAAGAGUGGGAAUACCUGGAUUCAGCUCAAAGGGAUUUAUAUAGAGAUGUCAUGUUGGAGAACUAUAAUAACUUCGUGUCCCUAGACUUGCCUUUAAGGUAUGCAAAUAAGGACUUAUCUCCAAAAAAGGACAUUUAUGAAAUAGAAUUAUCCCAAUGGGAAAUGUCCAAUAGACUUGAAAACAGUAAUAUUGAUGAGCCCAACUUCACAGAUUAUUUGGAAAUCAAAGGCAAGGUAGAGAAGCAACAAGAUUUUCAGAAAGAAUAUUUAAUGCAAGGGAUGAUCACGUGUAACAAAAUAUCCACUUUCAACCAGCAUACUUAUUUAUCUCAAAACCGAAGAUAUCAUUCUGCAGAGAAACACUAUAAAUGUGAGGAAUGUGGGAAAGCCUUCAGACAAGCAUCACACCUAACUCAACAUCAGAGUAUUCAUACUGGUGAAAAACCCUAUGAAUGUAAGCAAUGUGGGAAGGCCUUUAGUCGUGAUUCACAACUCAGUCUUCAUCAGAGACUUCAUACUGGAGAGAAACCCUAUGUGUGCACGGAAUGUGGGAGGGCCUUUACUCAAAGCUCACAACUUAUUUUACAUCAUAGAAUUCAUACUGGUGAAAAACCAUAUAAAUGCAAAGAAUGUGGGAAAGCCUUUAUUCGUAGCUCACAACUCACCCGACAUCAAAAAUCCCAUACAGGUGAGAAACCUUACGAAUGCAAAGAAUGUGAGAAGGCCUUUACUCAGAAAGCACAGCUUACCCUGCACCAGAGACUUCAUACAGGAGAGAAGCUCUAUGAAUGUAAAGAAUGUAGAAAGGUCUUUACACAGAAUUCAAAACUUGUCCUCCAUGAGAGAACUCAUACUGGUGAGAAACCCUAUGAAUGUAAGCAGUGUGGGAAAGCUUUUAUUUGUAGCUCACAUCUUUCUCAACAUCAGAAAAUUCAUAAUGGGGAAAAACCAUUUGAAUGUAAAGAAUGUGGAAAAGCUUUUUUUCGAGGCUCACUGCUUGUGCAACAUCAGAGGAUCCAUACUGGUGAAAAACCCUACAAAUGUGAAGAAUGUGGGAAGGCCUUUAUCCGUGGUUCACAACUAACUCAACACCAGAGAAUUCAUACCAAUGAAAAGCCCUAUGAAUGUAAGGAAUGUGGAAAGAGCUUUAGUCAUGGCUCUCUACUUACCCAACAUCAGCGAAUACAUACUGGUGAGAAGCCUUAUCGAUGUAAGGAAUGUGGAAAGGCCUUUAAUCGUGGCUCACUCCUUACUCGGCAUCAAAGGAUUCACACGGGUGAGAAACCAUAUGAAUGUAAAGAAUGUGGAAAAACCUUCAGUCGUGGCUCAGAACUUACUCAACAUGAGAGAAUUCACACUGGGGAGAAACCCUUUGAAUGUAAGGAAUGUGGUAAAUCUUUUAUUCGUGGGUCACAGCUUACUCAACAUCAAAGAAUUCAUACUGGUGAGAAGCCUUAUGAAUGUAAUGAAUGUAGAAUGACCUUUGCUCAGAGUUCACAUCUUUCUCAACAUCAGAGACUUCAUACUGGUGAGAAACCUUAUGUGUGUAAUGAAUGUGGGAAGGGCUUUGCUCGUGGUUUACUACUUAUACAACAUCAGAGAAUUCAUACUGGUGAAAAACCAUUUCAGUGUAGAGAAUGUGGGAAGGCUUUUAUUCGUGGUUCACAACUGACUCAACAUCAGCAAAUUCACACUGGAGAAAAACCUUAUGAAUGUAAAGAAUGUGGAAAGGCCUUUAGUCGUGGUUCACAACUUACUCUACACCAGAGAAUCCAUACUGGUGAGAAGCCCUAUGAAUGCAAAUACUGUAGAAAGGCCUUUACCCAGAGCUCACAUCUUUCUCGACAUCUGAGAAUUCAUACUGGUAUUAAACCAUAUUCAUGCAAGGAAUGUGGGAAGGCCUUUACUUGUGGUUCACAACUAACUCAACAUCAGAGAAUUCAUAUCAAUCAGAAAUCUUUUGAAUAUAAGGAAUGUAGGAUUGACAUUAGUAAUGGCUCGCAAGUUUAUAUGUGAAUUAUCUGAUUUUAUAGAAUCAUUGUAUAGAGCUUUCUCUGGUUCAUUAUCAGCAAAGAAUUCUCACGAAUGUGAAUAUGGGAGAAGAUUUGCUCCAAAUAAGUCAUCAGAGAAUUUAUAUAGGGGAAAGAAAAUGUUCAGGUAAUCCAUGUAGAGAAGCCUAUCAUUAUUAGAAACCUAUUAAAUUACCAAAUGAGAAUAAUUCUGUUAAUAUAGUAAAUGCAGGCUUGGCACCUGUGGCUCAAGUGGCUAGGGUGCCAGCCACAUACACCUGAGCUGGUGGGUUCGAAUCCAGCCUGAGCCUGCCAAACAACAAUGACGGCUGCAACAAACAAAAGUAGCCAGGCAUUGUGGCAGGUGCCUGUAGUCCCAGCAACUUGAGUGGCAGAGGCAGAAGAAUUGCUUGAGCCCAGGAGUUGGAGGUUGCUGUGAGCUGUGAUGCCAUGGCACUCUACCCUGGGCAACAGCUUGAGGCUCUGUCUCAAAGAAAAAAAAAAGAAAGAAAGAAAAAAAUAUAUAUAAUAAAUGCUGGAAGGCUGUUAACCACAGCAGUUCUUUUUCAACAUUCUCUUUUUCCUACCAUUUGAUUUUCUGUUAUAUAUGUCAUGAUAAUUCACUUUGGCUUAAUCAUUUGUAAGAUAGACUUAAUACCUUUAAUACUACAUAUUAGAUUCUUGGAAGUAUUAUGUGAGUUAUUACAUGUAAAAUCUUUUAGAACAAACAGUGCCUUGACAUAUCAGAAAUAUUGGCUAUCAUUUUCAUUAGUGUUUAGAGAAUUUGCAUGAGAGGAGAGGACUGUGUUUGUAAAGAACACUGAGAAAUCAUUAACACUAACCCAGAUCAUUUGGGUAGGGCUCGCAGUAUGCUAUAAUGAAUGUGACAUAGCUGUUAUGCAAAUUUGUGAAGGCACAGCACUAACAGGCUGUCUUCCCUGAAAGCCCUCUCACUACAGGGCAAAGCAUGCAUGGGGCGCCUAAGGGAAAACAGGAAAGCACCAAGCAGGAAAAACAGCUUGCACCAAUAAGAUUCAGGGCAGGCAGAGACCUUUGGACUCCAGAUCGACAGUUUUAGAUUAAGGAAGUUAGAACAAGAGAGAGCUUAUUCUCCUCCAUACCUGCCUCCCAUACAUUAUAUGGCUGUUUCAAAACUUUCCAUAGCUUAUAUUUUUUGCUUAGUCAACUGUUUACCAUUUGCUCUCUGUUCUUGGGGAUGAGCAUCUUUUAUCUUAACCACUCUGCUUGCAUUUUUGCCCAUGUGUACUUGUUUGGAGCACAAUAAAAGGAGCCAGUGGACUGAGCAGGGGCUGCAUAAUCUUGACUUGCCCUCAGGCAGCAGAGGUUGCGUAUGCCACUCUGAGCUCUCAGGCUUUUAUGCAUUAAGUCUGUGUGUGAGGGUCUUUUCUUUCUUAGCGCCAUCUCCCAUCCAAGGUUGGGGUCCACAAGAACUGAAACAUCCAUUCACACUGUAAAGUAACCUAGAUUUAAUUUUUUUUAUUUUUUGAGACAGUCUCACUAUGUUGCCCUCAGUAGAGUAUCGUGACAUAACAGCUCACAGCAACUUCCAAUUCUUGGGCUUAAGCAAUUCUCUUGCCUCAGCAUCCUGAAUAGCUGG